AUGUCUUCCAAGAUCUGUCACGUCGUUCUCUUCUGCCUCGAGCCCGUGAAGGCGGCAGAGAAGUUGGUGGAGCCCACCGUGCGGCACCACCUGCAGCUGAUGCGUGACACCAUCCCCGGCCUGUUGGAGGUGAACUUCGGCGCGGCGGCGUCGGCGCUGUACAAGGACUACGUCGACUGCACCAACGGCUACACACACUGCCUUGUGUCGAGGCACGUGGACGCCGCUGCGCUGCACGUGUACGCCGGCCACCCCAACCACAUGUCAUUCGCGGAGAUCAUGAAGUCCCUUGGCACGAAGCCACCCAUCCGCAUCGACUUUGAGAUUAAGGAGUGA